AUGGGUCUCUUUAGUCGUAAGGACAAGAAGUCAGCAGUGGAUUCGGAGAAGGGCCCCGGAUCAGAUGCUGGAUCCAUCCACAAGUCGCCAGCCAGCAAGCCCAUGAAUGGCAACCCCUCGGCCAAUGCCUCUCUGCCACAUGUCCCGCUCCCCAAGGCACCCGACCCAACUCUUAACCCCGCUGCCUACCUUCGCAGUAUCUAUGCUGUGCGCGAGAGAUCAAAGUAUGUGCUCGAGAGAGCUAAGCGCAACAAGUCGCAGCACUUCGACGUCGACAUGACCAAGUUCGGUGACACAGCACGCUUCGUUGUUUCGAUCAUUAACAGAGAUUACGCUCCCGACUACGCUUCAAUCCCCCCACACGGCCGUUGGCAGCACUUUGAGGUUGGAGGCAGACCGAGAGUUGACCAACUCAUGGCAACAUGGCCGAAAUCAGUCAACCCCCAAGAACGUACUCGCAGACUUAUCGACCUCUUUCUCGUAUCUGUGCUGUUGGACGCUGGUGCUGGAACAAAAUGGACCUACAAGAGCAAGGAGUCUGGCAAGAUGUACAGACGCAGCGAAGGUCUCGCAGUUGCCAGUUUGGAAAUGUUCAAGGCUGGUGCCUUCAGCAGCAACCCCGAUGAGCCAUGCCAGGUCGACGCCGCUGGUUUGAAGAAGAUCAACGCACAGUACCUGGCAAAGGGCCUGCAAGUCACAGAACACAACCCUCUCGCUGGUCUGGAAGGCAGAGCAAGUCUUCUGGUCAAGCUCGGAGAUGCCCUGCAAAAUCAGGACAUCUUUGGCAUCGAGGCCAGACCUGGAUACCUGCUUGACUACCUCCUUUCGCACCCAUCUACUCAAGCCUCAUCAGUUCCCGUAGUUCCGUUACCCACCCUCUGGAACGCCCUUGUUGACGGCCUCGCACCUAUCUGGCCCGCAACCCGCACACAAAUCGACGGUGUCCCGAUUGGAGAUGCCUGGUACUGCUCUGCCAUGCCAGCAGCAACGAAUGCUCCUUGGGAGAAGAUUGUUCCUUUCCACAAGCUGACGCAAUGGCUUUGCUACUCUCUAAUGGUACCCAUGACCAAGCUCAUGCACGUACACUUUGCCGGAACCGAGCUUCUCACUGGACUGCCGGAAUAUCGCAACGGCGGUCUCCUCAUCGAUACCGGUCUCCUCACACUCAAACCCGCAGAUGCUAAGCGUGGUCUCGAACAAUACCAAAUAAACGCCAUGAAGCAAGGACAACCCAACAUGGAGGUUGUGCCCAUGUUCAGCGUCGACGACGAUGUGAUUGUAGAAUGGCGAGCGCUGACUGUUGGCUUUUUGGACGAGUUGUGCUUUGAGGUCAACUCUCAGUUGGGACUUGUGGGCAGUAAGAAGUUGAGUCUGGCACAGAUCCUCGAGGCUGGUACCUGGAAGGCAGGCAGAGAGAUCGCAGAGGUCUCGAGACCAAACACCAAGGAGCCACCGAUCAUGAUUGUGUCAGAUGGCACUGUCUUCUAA